ACCCGCUCCCGCUGUUGUUCUCUCGCAGUGAAACAGGGAAGCUCCCGUUCCGUUCCGUUCCGUCGGCGCGCUCAGCCCGCAGGACAGCUGGCGAUGAGCGGACUGAGGUCUCCUGGGCUUCUGGGGCUGGUGCUCUUGGUGCUCUCGGCGGGAUAUUGCAAAGAGAAAACCGACGCCGGGGAUCUGAAGGACAGGCAAAGUCUCUUAAAUCUCAUCAUGGAGAUCAUUCAGGAAUUGAAGAGGUACCGCCUGGAGAAGGACAGUGGGGUGCAGUACUUCUCCAAGCACGACUACAACUUGGAUCGGAGGGAAGUGGCUGACUACGGAGGAUACCAGGAUGAGCAGAGAGUUGAAAUAGUUCCCAGAGAUCUGAGGAUGAAAGACAAGUUUUUAAAACACUUAACAGGUCCACUCUACUUCAGCCCAAAAUGCAGUAAACACUUUCAUCGGCUUUACCACAAUACAAGGGACUGCACCAUCCCAGCCUACUAUAAAAGAUGUGCCAGGCUUCUUACUCGGUUGGCAGUAAGCCCAAUGUGCAUGGAGGGAUAAGAUGUACCACUAAUUCCUAGAAGUACUUUGAGGAUCUCAGCAUGCUCCAAAAAACAGUUCUUCCAAAUGAUCUGUACUUCUAGAAGACUGACACAAAACCGAUACAAAAGGACAAAUUUACAUUCUGUCCUCAGUCUUUGCUUGAGACAGAAAUGUGACCUUUGACAAAGGAAUAAGUAACAACCCAUAUGGAUUUGUCAGUAACAAAUGUUAUCAGAUACUUUAUGAGAAGACACAUAUCUUACAGAGUCACUGUAAAAGUGAAUAAUUCUUAAGUGAAAAGCAAUAAUUCUUAAGGAUCUUAGUUUAUUUUUUUGAAGCACAGAAACUAUUUUGCAUGGCAUUCUCAGAAGCCAGUGAUGUUAUUAAAUAAAUGGAAAAAUGGUUUGGAAAACCAUUCACAUUAUUAGUGCUGCAGUGUCAAACUGGAAGACUGUAUUGAACAGGGUCACACAGCUACAUUACAGAUUUGUCAUUGGUCAGCACAUUCAUUAUUUUUUUUUUAGUAGAAGUUAGUAUACUUAUUGAUGACAGCAGAGUAGCAGACACAACCAGCAAAGAACACUGAAAUUGAAAAUAAUCUUGAGAAAUUUGAGCUGAAUAGUUUAGGACAAGCAUAAAAUAUAGGGGAAAGCAGAAUUAAGAAGUCAAGGAGCAGAAGUCAAUUUCAGAAAUACACGUCAAGUUAUGAAUUACUAAAUAGAUAGUUCUGUAGAAAGUGUAGGGAUUAUAGUGGGUCACAAACUAAGCAUGAGUCAAUCGUGUCACACUUGAAAACAAGGCAAAGGACAAGAUACAAUUUAUAAAAGAAAACGUUGUUUAUCAAACACCUGAAAUAAUCACUGUGAAUACUCUGUCUAAUUGUGGACCCCACAUUUGGAGGCAUACAGGUGCUUCUUGGUCAGAGUCUGAAAAAGAGCAACAUGCGUGACCAAAGAAACAUAAUUUACAAGAACAGCUAAAAGGAACUGGGAAGUAAAGAUGAGUGUGAGAAAACAUAAUUGAGCUAUUCAGUUUCAUAAAUUCAGUUUCUCUUCACCAUUGUGGU